AACCCAAAACCAUGUUAAGCAAAUCACUCACACACUUGUGUUUUUUUGCCCUACUAAAGCAAAAUCCCUAGAAUUUUAGAUUUCAGAUAUUGGUCUUUUCUUUUUCUUCUCUAAAAGAGGAAAGUAAUCUUUCUUUCUCAUCCCUCCACAAGUCUUUAGAGAGAGAAAAAGCUACUGUCUUUUCUGCAACAGAGUACUCAUUAGUUUUUUCCCCUCUUUCUCUUACCAUAACAAACUCUUCUUUCUCUCUCUUACCCACCGAUUAUUAUUGUUUUUUUAGGGUUCUUACAAAUCUUUUCCUUCUACUUCUGGGUUUUGAACUGUUUACAAGAUUUGAUCUUUCAAUUUGCGUUCACAAUCAAGUUAUCAUCUUGAGCAUUUUCUGGGUUUCUCAUUUUUGGUUUGAUUUGCUUAAAAACCCUAAAACUAAAGAAUUCUCCUUUACAAAAAAUAAAAAGUUGCUUAGACAGAAGAAUCUUCUGGAAUCCGCCGUCAAUAAAUCAUCAUAUACAUUAUCACUUCUUUUUUUUCUGGGUUUGGUGCCUUUUCUCAUUUCAGCUUUGCCUUAUGGCUUUGUUUACUCAUUGGGAGGUGAAAAUAAUAUGUUGAGGUGACUUAUUGGCGGAUCUCGAUGUUGCCUAAUGGAUAGUGGCACCAUGGACUGUACAAGGACGGUGGGUCGACUCAAGGGUAAUUUAUGCCAGAGGUUUCUAUUUUUUACUAUUUGGCUGUCCACUUUCGAAGAUACGACAUAUUUGAAAGUGCUAGCUGAGCAGUAUCAUCUUCCUUCGCAACAUGAGCUUGCUAAGUCACCAGAUACAGGGCUUUUUCAACCUAUUCAAAUAUCACCUUCUGUUAUCCCGCACUAUCCGAUCCCUAACCAACCUACAUCUCCACUGUAUCCUACUUUUCCGACAAUAUACAAGCCGGUAUUGACUGGGAAAUGUCCUGUAAAUUUCUCCGCCUUGUCAGAUGUCAUUGAAAGAACUGCUCUAGACUGUUCUCAACCUUUAGCAUCUUUUGUUGGAAAUGUUAUAUGUUGUCCACAAUUUGCUAGUUUGCUUCACAUUUUCCAGGGUUACCACAGCACAAUCUCAGAUGCAUUAGUAUUAAAGGAAUCCGUUGCUGAUGAUUGUUUUUCAGAUAUCAUCAGUGUUCUUGCAAGCAAAGGGGCAAAUAGUUCAAUAUCACAGUUAUGCUCUGUUAAACCAUCGAAUGUCACUGGGGGAUCAUGUCCUGUUAAAGAUGUGGGUGCAUUUGAAAAAGUAGUGAAUACAAGCCAGUUGUUAAAUGCCUGCAGCACUGUUGAUCCUUUGAAGGAGUGCUGUAGACCUGUUUGCCAGCCUGCAAUUGCAGAUGCUGCACUUCAGCUCUCCGGACAACUAACAGCUGGAGAUGGCAAAGAUAUGGUUGGGGGAGCAAUGAAUAUUGAUGCACUUAAUGAUUGCAAAGGGGUUGUCCUUUCAUGGCUUUCACGAAAACUUUCAGCUGAAGCCGCAAAUACUGCAUUCAGGAUGUUGUAUAGCUGUAAAGUCAACAAAGUUUGUCCAUUGGAUUUCAGACAUCCAUUAGAAGUAGUCAAGCAAUGCCGUAACACAGCUGCCCCAAGUCCUUCCUGCUGUAGCUCAUUGAAUAGUUAUAUUAGUGGGGUUCAAAAGCAAAUGUUGAUUACAAAUAAGCAAGCAAUAAUGUGUUCAACUAUGUUUGCGUCAAUGUUACAGAAAGCCGGUGUUAUGACAGAUGUGUAUGAACUUUGUGAUGUGGACUUAAAAGAUUUUACUCUCCAAGUGACAGCAUUCGGACAGCAAGGUUGUCUUCUUCGAAGUCAGCCAGCAGAUGUGGUAUUCGACAAUAUAACAGGAUAUAGUUUCACUUGUGACUUAAAUGACAAUAUUGGAGCUCCCUGGCCUUCAUCAUCUUCAACGGCAUCCUUUUCUUUAUGCGCUCCAGAAAUGUCAUUACCUGCUCUACCAACGUCAAAGAAUUCAGGAUUUCAUGGCUAUCAUCACAGUAGAUGGGAAUUCCUUGCACCCAUUUUUUCCGUUUUUGCGAUCAGUGCAAUUUUGUACUGAGGAUGUUUUGUCAGAGCGUUCAUCGUAGGCAUGUCGGGAUCAUUGAGAGGCAUUUGGGGGAUUGUAGUAUGUGGCUAGGUUUCAUGUAUAUUUGUUAGAAAAUACAUCUUCAUGUACAGUAACUGCUGUUCUUUUCUUCAUUCUCUUAAUUAUUCACCCCUCUCCCUUUUUCAAUUUAUCUUACACAAGUAGUUUUCUUUGAGCCAGCCGGGUUUGAUGCGUCUAGUAUUCAUGCAGUAUGUAAUUUAAAAUAGAAUGAAAAUGCAUCCGCAAGUUAGAUGUGGAUUGUGUGGGAAA